AUGAGAUUCUGCGUUGUGAUUUCGUGUUGCGUGUUAUUUCUGCUGGCCAGCGGGCCUAUUGCAUCAGCCCUAGCCAAUGAAAAGCAGGCCGACUCGGCAGAAGUCGUCAGCAGCGGCGAGGAUGAGAAGACGGACUGCACGGACCUGGCCCGCGACGAGGAGGCGCUGAUGGUGUUCUCCACCUUGGGCGGCGGACUGACGGCCAUCGAUCCGGUGACCAGCGAAAUACGCUGGACAAUAGCAGAUGAUCCUCCCAUUGUAGCAGAACCCCAGGAGAAUGUGCAGGUCCCACACUUUCUGCCCGAUCCUCGAGAUGGCAGCAUUUACCAGCUGGGUCAGAUGGGCAGUCUCAAAAAACUACCCUAUACAAUUCCCCAGCUAGUGGCCAAUGCCCCCUGCCGUUCCUCCGAUGGAAUCCUCUACUCCGGCAAGAAGAGCGACACCUGGUAUAUGGUGGAUCCCAAGACGGGUAGACGGGAGAAGGUCAUGGGAUUCGGAGAUGCCACCAUGGAUGGCAAGGAGGGCGAGCAAAUUGGUUGGGCCACAUCGCGGGCCAUAUAUCUCGGUCGAACUCAGUACACUGUUAUGAUGUACGACAGCCUGGCCAAGAACAAAAAUGCCAAGCCCUGGAAUAUCACUUUCUACGACUACAAUGCUGUGAGUGCUCCUCCAGAGUUGGCCAAGGAAUAUGAAUACAUUCAUCUGACCACUACCAGCAAUGGUCAAAUAGUGACUCUAGAUCGCAAACAUGGUAAAUUUCUGUGGCAACGUGAUCUUAGCAGUCCAGUGGUGGCCGCUUUCCUUUUGGGACCAGAUGGGCUGCUCAGCGUGCCAUUCACCACGGUUUCCGAUGAGGCUUAUCAGGCCAUACUUGAGGAGUCAAAGACUGGGAAUGUGAAUACCGUGAAGCUAUUCCAAUCACUUUAUGUGGGCGAGCACCAGAAAGGCUUGUACGCCCUACCCUCUCUGGUGGACAAGAAUACUCCACGGAUUUCCACAUCACCACCCAUAAAACUUCUCGACGGACCUACUGGAGAGCAGAACAGCAACCAGGAUACCGAUCCUCGUACUGUUUACAUUAAAGAUGUCCUGCAAGAGCAUCCAGGCAUCAUGUUGGGCCACUACAAUAUGCCCAAUGAGGGUAAUGGCAACCUCCAGCUGUCACCAACACCGUCUGGCAGCAAGGGGGUCCAGAGUUUGGCCACCAUUCACAACUACAACGAUGGCUACGGUCUAUUGGCCAACAAUGAAAAGAAUGCCGCCGACAUUGGCGUGCAAACGGAUCCGGAGCUAGUCGAAAUUGGCAUUGACCAGCGGACAAAUGGAAACACCAUUAACCGGACGAAGACAAUAAUACUGCAGAACAGCAAUAAGGUGCAGGCAUUUAUCAACGAGUGGUUUAUGGAGCACCCUAGCGGAAAGGUGCAUCAAAUAUUGAUAGUCAUCGUUCUGGGCAUGAUUGCCCUGUUUUGGUAUACCUGCAGCACCAUGAGGGAGUUGCAAAAGCAGAGCGAGAACGGCUCAAAGACUUUUGCCAUAGCCCAGAAUGGUUCUAAUGGAAGCACCGGCAGCAAUGGAAGCAAUACGAGUGCCGAGGACCUAGUGGACUUGGGUAAUGGUCAGGUGCGAGUGGGCAAAAUCAGUUUCAGCACAAACGAGGUGCUGGGCAAGGGCUGCGAGGGUACCUUUGUCUUUAAGGGAACCUUCGAGGAGCGUUUUGUAGCAGUAAAACGACUGCUGCCCGAGUGCUUCACCUUCGCUGACCGCGAGGUGGCUCUUCUCCGGGAAUCGGAUGCUCACGAGAAUGUGGUGCGCUACUUCUGCACCGAACAGGAUCGCCAGUUCCGCUACAUAGCCGUCGAACUAUGCGCUGCCACUCUGCAGGAUUACACCGAAGGAGAUCGAUCGCUGGAACUGCAAAAUCACAUCGAUGUUUGGCAAGUGUUAAGCCAGGCUUCAGCUGGAUUGAGUCAUCUGCACUCCCUCGACAUUGUACAUCGCGACAUCAAGCCACAGAAUGUUCUGAUUUCGCUACCAGACGCCAAGGGCAAAGUCCGUGUAAUGAUCUCCGAUUUUGGACUUUGCAAGAAGCUAAAUUUUGGCAAGACCAGUUUCUCCCGCCGUUCGGGUGUAACUGGCACCGAUGGAUGGAUAGCCCCGGAAAUGAUGCGAUCCCAGCGAACGACAACUGCUGUGGAUAUCUUCUCACUGGGCUGUGUUUAUUACUAUGUGCUGAGUGGGGGUCACCACGCCUUUGGAGACAAUCUGAAGCGUCAGGCCAAUAUACUCUCGCAUGAGUACAAUCUGGCCAAGCUGCGCACAGAAGACGACAGCGAAGUCAGCCGAAUUAUACUUGCUGAACAACUAAUAUCAGACAUGAUACACAAGGAUCCGCAAUCACGUCCGCCUGCGCGCUGUAUUGGCAACCAUCCGCUGUUCUGGGAUGAGCCCAAAAUGCUCUCGUUCCUACAGGAUGUCAGUGACCGUGUGGAAAAGUUGCAGUUCCAUGCUGAGCCCCUUAAAUCGUUGGAGAAGAACGGAAAAAUAGUCGUACUAGACGAUUGGAAUGUGCAUCUGGACCCCAUGAUUACAGAUGAUUUGAGGAAGUAUCGCGGUUACAUGGGCGCGAGUGUGAGAGACUUGCUUCGUGCUCUGCGCAACAAGAAGCAUCACUAUCACGAGCUGACGCCGGCCGCCCAGGAGAUGCUGGGCUGCAUACCGCAUGAGUUCACCAACUACUGGGUGGACCGCUUUCCGCAGCUAAUAUCACAUGCCUAUCACGCGUUCAGUAUUUGCUCAAACGAGCCUAUCUUCAAGCCGUACUACAGUGCCGGCUAUCACUUUUCACGUCCGUGGUACUUUGACGCGGAUGAUGCGUUGUUCCCCAUGCUGAUGCGGGAUCCCAAGCCGCUGCCAAAGAUUGGUAGUCCGAAAAAGACGCCCCCGCCAGCCAGCAGCCAGGCUCAGCAGUUGAAGCAGAGAAAGGGGCUCUACAACUUCCGUAAGCCUAGCGAUGAGUUGCCGAUUGCCGGAGUCGGGCUGCAGCGAAAUAUGGAGCCAGAUGGACAACCACUGGAUCCGGACGGCAAGCGUGAUGUGUUUGCCAAUUUCAAGUUCCGGCGCUACUCGAAGCCGGGAAACAAUCGCAACUACAACGGUGGCCACAAGGACACACAGGAAAAGGAGAAGUACGUAAGCUGGACACUACCGCCUUCAACACAGGAUUAGGGCAUUGAACCCAACAGAUCAGAAUAGAC